AGCACAGGGAGCGAGGUGCUCCCCAGAAGCCUCACCUUCCAGGCCAAGUCAGCCCUGCUGUCUCAGCCUUGGCCCAAGCCAAGCUGCAGAGGGCGCUCACCAGGACUCUGCAUCCUGGUCCCUGACCGUGGCCAGGAAGCCUUCCAGGUACCUCUGGCCAAGGCCCCCGCCCAGCCCGUGACCUCCCCGACAAGCCACCCUUCCCGAUAGGAGUUGAGCUGCUGUGCCUGCUGGCGGGAGCCCUCUCUUCUCUGGCGCCCUGCCUGGCACCCACGCCGGACCCUGCGCUCAGGAACAGCUGUGUCUCAGGUAACCCUACGCGGCAGCUUUGCAGAGACACGGUCCCACACCGGUCCCACACCGUCUGGGCCCUGGGGAAUCUCCCGCCUCCCCCUCCCCUGGAAAACCAGCACCUCCCCCGACUUUCUUCCCGCAGGAGGCGGCAAGACAGCCGUGUGCCAGUGCUGGGCGGGUGAUUUCCCAGCCCUCGACGGCUCCCCGGCCGCCUCCCCGAUGAGAUGGGUCGCCGCCACUUCCGGAUCUGAGCAUCAUUUAAUCUUCCUACCAACCACUCCCUCCCAUCCUAUGCGGGGAGCCGGAGUGACAGGCCAAGGCACUGGCUCGGGGCGCUGCAGGGGCCGCGGCAGAACCUCCCCGCCUCUGCGGAGUCCAGUCCCAGGGGAAUUCCUGAGCAGGAGGGCGGAGGCCCAGGCAGGAGCAGACACGCUCCGCCACCAAGCAAGCUGCAGACAAGCCGCAGGGCUCUGGGCGGUCGCAGGGGGGAUGUUCCCGGCCCUGACCCAGCAGGCCGCCCAGGCAGCGCCUCCUCCCGCCCCGCCCCAGCCCCGCAGGCAGGUACAGUUCAGGACACGGUUGAAUGUGUGCUUCAGAUCAACGGCACUGCUUUUCAGGGUAAGUCUGUGCCCCAAAGAACUGAAAGCAGGGCCACGUCCACCCUGGCCACAGCAGCCCGUGUCUGCUGACGGGUGAGCGGAUAAAGCAAACGCGGCCCAUCCGCCGUGGGACACUAUCCAGCCGCGGGGCAUAACUGGGCCCCGACGCGCCACACGGCGGAGGGACCCUGGGAGCGUGAUGCUGGGGGCAGAAGCCCGUCUCCAAAGACAAAUCCCGCCGUGACGCUGCUGAAACGAGGUCCCCAGAGGCGUCACAUGUGUGAAGCCGGACAGGACAAUGGUGAUGGCCAGGGACUGACGAGGGGGAGGGGCGCGGAGAAGGAAGAGCUGGGCAGACGGACGGUGGGGAGAGUUUGCACAACCGUGUGCGUGUACCUCACGCCGCCGAACGUACACUCAGAAAUCGUGGGAACAGUCCACGUUACGACACGCACUUUGCCACCAAAAGAGCACGUGACCCCCCGCCCCAGUAUCUGCAACCCACAAACUAAAUACGUGGACUUAGUUUAAAUACUCACACGGAAACACCCAUGUGUUGUUUAUCUGAAAUUAAAAUAUUCAGGACAGAUGCUACACAAUUAUUAAGUAUCUGAAAUGCCAAUUUAACUGGGUCACCAGUGGUUUUGCAGCUAAAUCGGGCCGCCCUUUCACGCGGGGUGUGGGGAGAAGCCUGCCUGAGCCCCCUGCCCCCGGCCAAGCACAUUCGUCUCGUCUCGGGGGCUCCCUGGCGGAGGACCUCAGACCCUGCCCGGCCAGCGGCAGGAGGGGAGAGGCAGGUGUGGACGGCCCCAGCUUCCUGCAGGUCCCAGACCUCGCUACCUGGUUUAUGGGAAGAUGAAUUACCCCCACCUUACAGGCGGGAAGAUCGAGGCUCGGAGGUGCUGGGACGUGCUAGCGUCUCAGACCUGUGGCCCAAGGCUGCUCUCCUCCCCCUGGCCUGAGCACCGCCCUGUGGUCACUGAAGGCGAGGAGAUGAAGGAGAAACUUGGGCCCCACCAAUAGCCCCGGUCUGGCCUCCUGGAAGUGGGGGGGGCUCAUCCCAGCCAGGCCUGGCCACCCUGUUGGCCUGCACUGUUCCACAUGCCCAGGAGCUGCUGAGACCUGGGGCAGUCAGGUUCCUGGAGCAGACAGCUCCAUCGCCAGAAAGGGGACAGAGGGACAGUGAGAGGCCCCACGUGACAUGGCCAAGGAGAAGCCCCUUCUGAUACAGGCUGCCGGGCCCCCAGGCCAGUCAUGGGCUGACCAUGAGUCGGGUCCUGAUGGCACCGUCUCCGUGCCCAUCCGAUCUCUCUGGCAGUGCCGCAGGGCCUUCCGCACCUCUUGUCUGGAAGCCAGUUGCCACCUUCCGCGGGCAUCCCUAGCCCCCCUGAUGGCGGCCCGGUCCUGUGCAGGGAAAGUGCUCCCUCCUCAUGGCCUGCCCCUCCCGGAGCGGCCUGCAGCUGACCCUGCCCGCAAUUCCUAGCUCCUCAGGAGCAGGGCUAGCCAAGCGGGAGCUCGGACACCCCGAAAGCAGUGGCGAUGACGGGGAGCCCCUUCCCUCCAGCCUAGACCCCUCAGUCCCCAGCGUGGGCCCAGGGCCUGGCUGUAACCGGCUGGCCUCCCCCCCGCAACGGACACGCUCCCCUGCAGCUGCCCCUGGAGAGAGGACGAGGGGCUCUCCCCACCAGGCACUCCCCCGAGGCGAUGCCUCAACACACAGCAUGACCCCUGCUGCCUCCUGCUGAGCAGCCCAUGACAGAACCCACCACUCCGAGGGGCAGGCAGUGCGCCCAGCUCCAUUUUACAAAGAGGAUUCUGAGGCACAGAGAGGGUCAGUAACUGGCCCAAGAUCACACAGCAAGUGAACAUGGAGCCGGACUUGAGCCCUGGCAGGAUGGCGGGGUCCGGGAGACCAGGUUUUGGCUUCUGCUAGGGCCUUACCUCUUUCCUAAGACACUGGCCACUGAUUCAAAAGAUGCUGGCCUUGGGCCUGGAGACUGGCCUUGCCCAUCAGCCCACGGUCGGUACCCUCCUCUGCAUGAGGCCCCGUCUCCCUCCUCCUCGGGCUGCAAACUCUAGACAGCCAGGGGGUCCACCCGAGGCAGAGUCCAGCAAGGGCAGCGCAGGACCCUCAAGCCAGGAGGGGCACUGUGGCCGAGGAGGGAUGGGGUGAGGCGGCCACGGUUCCCAGGGAGAGGCGCACGUGGGCCCCAGGGAGGCUGCAAACCACCAGCACGCGUCUAAACCCGCGUUGCUCCUCUGUGCUUACAAACGUGCCACGCAGUCACUGCGGCCAGCAAAGCCGCAGCUCACGGGAGGCCUCCGACUCUCCGCGUGGGCAGCACCGUGGCUGCGCUCCGGCUCCCGGGACAGCGCCCGGCACACGGGAGGCACUCAAGGACCCACCUGCCGACUCGGCCUCCUCUCUGUCCCCAUCACCCCCACCCGCAGGCCCUGGGGGGCAGCCCCGAGCUCCGCCAGCCCCCUCGCAACGCUAAGGGGCUUAGCUUGCAGCCCCCAGGCCUUCUCUCCUCGGAGCCCCGGGCCCCUUGGCGGUAGGUUGAAAGCUUCGCGAAAUAACAUUUACAAAGGCGACACUUCUGCGGAGGGUCACGCGGGAGGCCAGGAGCAGCCAACGCAGCAUCCCAAGACAGGCGUGCGGGCGGCGCCCCGCGCUUCCCUCCGAGUGUCUUGCAGGCCUGGUGCCUGCCGGCAUCUCAGUGGAAACAGUCCGUCCAGCCAUUCGCUAGGAGUGUAGAGGACAGGAAACUCAGCCGUUUCUGCGGGUGACCAAGUCCCCAAUUCUAGCAUACCACUGUCGCCUUGUACACAGGGAGAAGAAAUGCUCGGUUCUGGUUCCAGGUUCGCAAGAAAGGAGACGUAAUGUUUUUUCUCAGCCAAGUUCAUGACCUCCCUGAUUUCUGGGAACUGCCUGGCCUCACUCGUGCACCCCAGCUAAGGACCCCAGCCUCAAAUGACCUGCCUGCACCCCCCUUGUGUCCGCUGCCCUGGAAGGCUGUUCUGGCCCGGAGCAGAGGGCUGACCCUCCCCUCAGCUCCCUCGGCCCCGGCUCUGUCCUGCCUGGAGCUCUGGUUCCUAUGCUUCUCCUGCGGUGCGAUGGCGUUUCUGGAAGCCACCUCCUACCUGUGCUGGAGUGUCCUGCUCUUCCCCAGGUCCUGGCCCUCCUGACCCCAGCCCUAAACACUGUGACAACUGAAAAUCCCCCCCCCCCCGGACCUGCUCCUGGUUGGGAACCUGCCUUACCCUGGGGGGGCGGUGGUCAGGGCGUGUCUGACCUGCAGCCACCCCACAAGGUCCCCGGGCCUCAAAUAUACAGUGAUGGGAGGUGACAGUCACUCGAAGAGGAGGACGCAAGGUGCCUGGAGUGUCCUGGAGGCAGCACUGCCAGCUGGGAGAGGGGUCAGGGCUGCAUGUUUUAAGAGCUUCUCCCUUUAAAACAGCUCUGUGGGUCCGGUGUGUCCCAAGCUCCAUGGCAACGGGAGGCGGGAGUGAAGCCUGAGCCAACCCUGCGGCAUCGUUUGUGUCCCCAAGGCCUGCAGAUGGUCACGGGUGGGUGGGGUGUGCUCCCCAGGGCCCCAGAGCCGCUGAUGGGCACUUGGGGCCCCAGACACUUGAGGACGCACUCAGGCGUCACACGUGGUCCACCCAGGGCCCCAAGGACCAAGGACGCUCUGAGACACAGGGACGGGCCCAGAUGGCCGCCCUCUGGUUCCGACAGUGGUCCUCCGUGUUUGAAGGUGUGCACGGGCCACAGACCGCCACAGCUCCCAGUGCCGAUGGUGACUCUGGAAACGUCCCUGCCCGGGGCACAGGGCCACGGUCGCUGCCGGGAGCACCUGUCUGGGGCUGUCUUUCCUCACAACUGGUGGGAGGCGUGCGCGCUCGCGCGUGCUCUGUCCUGGGCUGGCCUCAGCCCUGCCGUCCAAUCACGUGGCCAGUGCCUCCAGAAAGGGCCACGCGGAUGUCCCCCCUCCCCACCCCAGGGCUCCAAUGAGGCAGAAUCGCUUGGCCUCGCCCCUGACCUGCUCGUUCUGGGGCAGCCCUCCCAACGGUUGUCACCAGGACCCUGGGCCGACACCUGGUGCACACCUGGGCCAGGGCGGCACAGGGGCGGGGGCAGAAGCCACUCGAGGGACAGGGCUCUGAGCCCUGGGGACACUUUCUGGGACCCAGCCAGUUUCCGCAUCCGCACACUAAGUGGUUGGACCAGACGGCACUCCGCCUGCCCUGCAGAUACCCCAGUUCUGCCCACUCUGGGCGUCAGGGGCCAAAGCCAGAGGCCAGGGCGUGGCUGGAGGAGGCAGGGCCUCGGCGGGCUCUUGGGCACCGCAGGUGGGUGGUGGGUGGGGAACGGUAAGGGGGGGGGAGCCCAGAGGCUCCAGCAGGGCUCUCCUUACCAGCCUGUGCCAGGUCAUCUGGCUGUGGUCACCUCAUCCACCUGCAGGGCCCUGGAGCUCAGCCACACCAGACACCCCCAAGCUGACGGGAGACUGCCUGCGGUGCGGCCUGUCUCCCGGGCCGGCCGCGGGUUUUCAUCUCUCCCUUCCCUGCAGCCCAGGCCUCGGGCGGGUCUACAAACUGCCAGAGCCUGAGGUCAGGGCGGUGGCAAGGGACCAGUGCCAAGGAGCCCCCGGGGCUGCCCUGUCAUGCAGCCCAGUUCCAGAACCUAGGGAGCGCGGAGCACAAGCGAGUGGCCAGCGCUCGCUGUGUCCCCACUUGGGAGCCUCCCCCUUGCAGAUGGGGACCCUGAGGCUGCCACUGAGUCACGACCCUUCCACUAGAGGCCCGUACCAAGGGUCUGAAGGCUGGCCCUUUCCCGCCCACCUGGCAGACUGCUCGUCAGAACCAGGGCCCCGGGCCCACGAGCAGGGCGCUGGCCUGGGGGACAAGGACUACAGCCCCACAAACAGCGCGGGGCCGGGACCUGAGGCCUCCUGAGAAGCUGGGGAGCAAGAGGGGGCGAGGAGUGGGCGAGGGAGGGUCUGACACCCACCCGCACUCCAUCCCCGAGGCCCCCGAGCCUGUGGCAGGGCUCUGUCCUGGGACGUGCCACCCUCUGGGUGGGGGGCACCCGAGUGAGGAACAGAUGCAAGAGGCCGCCCCCGUUACGGGGUGAACCCUGUGGCCUGGCUCAGAGUCCCAACCCCAAGACCUCAGGAGGUGAGCGCCUGUGAGUGUGGGGUCUUCGCAGAUGGAAGGGGUGGGCCCCUAACUUGAGGGGACAGGUGCCCUCAUUUCCAAACAUGAAAUGUGGCGGCAGACGGCACACGAGGUGACCUCCUC